CCUGGCGCUCCAUGUGCGGAGCGUGAGGCCGGUUCCGCCUCCCGCGGCCAGGCCCUCUCUGGAGCUGAAAAUGGCUGCUGUCGCGGGGGCGCUAGGAAGGUUACUGAGGCCCUCGGUAAGUGCGAGCCCCGCUUUGCUCCCUCGCAGUUCCGCAAGUCCCGGAGAAGCCAUGAUCCCGGGCGCUCGGGCGGGCCUGCGGAGCCUUCGUUGCGCGCGCGUUGCGCCUCCGGGGCCGCAUUUUCCCGUUUCCAAGGCCUGCUCCUCCCCUCCCUCUAGAUAGACUAUCUUGACUUUUGCAGGCGUAGUGUAGUCUGCACGAGGGAAAGAUCCGCCCCAGCGACUAGUUCCACCGGCCCCGUUCCGAAGGCUAAACCGAUUCUGCCCCGGGGACUCGAACUUGCCCUCCGAAAAUGGGUCCGCUGGCAACUCGCUCCACCUCGAAGGCUGGCGCGGACGGAUCAUGCUUAUUAUUAUUGCGCCGUGACACUUUUUUACUUAACCAGAGUCAAGCCAGAGGUUCCCUGCCUUUUCCAGAUCGGAAGCCCCCUUUUCCCUUCUGCCCCCCAGAAGUGUUUGGGUCGGGGAAAGAGCCCAAGUGCUCCUCUGCAGCCUGCCAGUGCGUUUUGGGGAAUUUGGGGCGCGGAUGGGUAUUUCCCAGUUGCAGGAGCUCUGCUGAGGCUCGCAACUUUUUUUUGGGAGGGCGCAUCUCGUGCAACCCCUAGAUGUGGGUCCAGUGAGGCUCCUGGACGCCACCUUUGCCCGUAACGUUUCCCCGCCGUCUGUUUUCAGGUCUUCCCCUGGAGGGCGUGCGCCGCUGCCGGAAGGUGCCUUACAGCCGCCGCGGCUGCAGGAGGGCGGAAGUGCGCGAACGGUGCGGCGCCCGCUUUUCCUCCGCGGCAUUUCAGCACUAGUAAGUGUGCGGCCUUUUGGAGGGCGCUGUGGUGGGGGGGGGGGGGUGACAGCGCGAUCUUGCACUCUCCUACUCAGAAGUAAAUGCACGUAGGAGCUUGUUUGUACUAACGCUCCAUUGAAUGCUCUCUUCCCAAGAUAAUGCCGAAGAUCCUUCCUCCCCUGCUCUGCGUGUGAUGUUAUUUAUUUGGCCCGUUGUCCAGUUGGUUCUGCAGUGAUUUGAAAUCGGAGUAGCUUAAAAGAGAUUUUGUUGCUGAAGAAACACCAUCAUUGUCCCAGAAUGCGUUACUGGCAGCUCAGUAGGAGUUUUUGCCAGCUGUAACGUGUGAAAAUAACAUACAUGUGCCUCGAUGUUCAGGAAUGUGCGUUAGUGUGCAUGUCUCCCCCUCCCACAUGCACACACUUUAGACUGCUUACUUCUGGACUUCAGAACUGUGUGUGUGAGGAAGGGAGUUGUAAGGAGUUGCAGUUCUAGGAGUUUGAAUGGACAAAUCCUUAAUAGGUAUCCUCAAAAUAUUCCCAAAAGGCAAAGGCGGGUAAGCUAGAGAGCAGUUUACUGGUGACAGAAAUCCGUAAAUAAGUUGAUUUAAACCCACAUGCUACAAUACUGAAUUCUUUACCAAAUUAUGUCCUUCCAGGGCCUGAUUACAGAGCAUAAACAUUCCAGGCUAUCUGUGAAGCCUUGGUUUUGAAAUAGUGUUGAGAUAAAAACUGACACCAAGAAAUAGGAUUCUCAUAUGUUAAUAAUAAUCCCAUUUUCUGAAUAUGGAUCCUUAGGGGUUCAAAAUGGCAUCCACAUAUGAGAGAGAGAGUAUCAGCAGGUUUCAGGGAUCCCCAAGGUUUACAGAAGUUUUUUUUUUGGGGGGUGGAGGCAGUAGAAGAAGGAAGGCAAAAUCUCUAUAAGGUGGAGGGCUGGAAAAUAGACCAAUGAAUAUAGAGAUGCUUAGUGGUGGGAUGGUAUGUCUUGGAAGAAUUUGUGACUGGCUGGCACCCCUAACAGUGUGGAGUACUGCAGUUCUUUGCAGGUUACACUUGUUUCUUCUAUAAUGCCUCUAUCACAUGCUUUAUCUAACUUCUCCUAGGUUCUUCAAGAUUUGUUCCUGCUGUCACCCAGCAUGCUCCCUAUUUCAAGGGUACAGCUGUGGUUAAUGGGGAUUUCAAAGAGCUGAGUUUAGAUGACUUUAAAGGAAAAUAUCUGGUUCUUUUCUUCUACCCUUUGGACUUGUAAGUAAUGCUUCUAUCUCUUUUAUACAGACUUUGCCUACACUCCUUUAACUAGCGGGUCCCUUUAUCUGCAAAACAGUUAACUUGUUCUCGUUUGAAUCCUGCCUAUCUUUGUGUAGGAUAGCCCGAGCCUUUUAUGUAAGCUGUGAAUGAUAAGAAGUGAACUAGAAGCUGUCUUACCAAUGCCUGUUGAAGGCAGGGAGUGGGUGUGUUGCUUGGGGGUGGGGUGGGGUGGGGUUCACAUGGAAAACUAAUGUAUUUACGUAAAAAAAAUAAAAUUCUUUGUAUAGAAUUUUUUUUUGCUGUAUCUUUCACAACAGAGAAUAGAACAGACAGAAACAUCCACAUAUGGUAGAUUGUAACGAAGGGAAAUUAAACUUUUGGAGAAUCCUGUGCUUCUGCACAAAAUAGAAGAACAUUAAUGCCCACCAUUUGAGCAUUUCAGGCAAACAUGGAAUCAGUACUUUUAGUGACUAGAGGGGAAGGAAUGUUACUUAUUUUUGGUGGAUAAAACUAAGAAAAGCAUGCCUCUACCUAGCAAAUUAACUGCCAGCAUGCAUACUUUGGGUAGCCAUACGAUCUUGUUAGAUGUAAGUCACCAGCUUCCUCCUCAUUGGAGUCGUGCUGUGGCUCAUCUUGAUGAUGAUGAUGAUGAUGCCACCAAACUUUGGAAGAAUGGUGCCGCCUACAGCUCAACUUGGGAUCCUUAGGAAUGCCAGAUAAAGUUGUCUGAGUAAGGAUCUGUUAAACGUAUUGACAGCGAAUAGAGCUCCAAUCUUGACGCUAAAUUUCUCAAUGUGGUUUCAUGGCAGAAUGAUAGUAUUCCUCUGACCUUUUUCCUCUGAACUCAAAGUCUGUGACCCUGAGGGCUUGUGAACUCCCUACCCGCCUUCUGCAGGCUUUAUGCCCAGGAGGGGCAAAUACCUUUUCCUCUUCUCUGUUUGAAUUUGCAGUGGGGGGAAAAUAGGUGCAUCCUUGAAUCAGGGCUGGCUCAUUCCCCCUUCACGUUCUUGCUGUGUUUCUUCCCCUUAGCACGUUCGUGUGCCCAACAGAGAUUGUCGCCUUCAGCGACAAAGCUAACGAAUUCCAUCAGGUGAACUGCGAAGUAGUUGGUGUGUCGGUGGAUUCUCACUUUACUCACCUCGCCUGGAUAAAUACACCACGAAAGGUACAGACUGGACGCUUUUUCAUUUAAAGCAGGGGUGAUGAAACUUCUGCCUGAGGCUGAGGGUCAAAUUCCCUUCUGAAGGCCACAUCCCAGUGGGGAACAGGGCCAGAGGUAAAAGUGGGUGGAGCUGUAGCCUUUUGGGGGGGGGGGUUGAGUCAGUUUUAAACUUACUACACAGAAACCCAUUCCUUCAGAGCAACGGGUGUGACUUUUAGCUUUGUGCAGAAGGCUAUUUUCUACAUACACACACCCCUUGCUCCUCCCAUCUAGGCAAGCAAGAAGCUUCUAGGGGGAGCCCUCACAAAAUGACUGGUUACAUGCUCACAUAUCUAGUGAAUCUGAUGAACUUGUAUGUCCACUUCCUACAAUAGAUUGGCUUUUUGUGUGUUGUUUUCAUUAUUAUUUUUUAGCUUUUAAAAAAUUUACUGUACAUCACCUUGAAAUGCAUCUGGGGAAUAAUAAGAUUAGGGUAGACCUGGUUCAGAUGUAAUGUUCAGCUAUAGUUUGGUGCUCUGUACACAAGACCUGGGUUCAUGCAUGUCCACAAGUUUGUUUCCAUUUUUAACCAGCCAUCAUUCUAUGGUUACAAAACUUUGGGACCAUUCAUAGACAUCCCAGUCAAUGAGCUUUGCCAUGUACCGUAUUUUUCGCUCUAUAGGACGCACUUUUCCCCCUCCAAAAAUUGAGGGUAAAUGUGUGUGCGUCCUAUGGAGCGAAUGCAGGCUCCUUGGCUUUAGCGAUAGCAAAGCUAAGCCUUUGAAGCGCAGAGGGAGCACUCCCUCCGUGCUCCGGAGGCUUCACGUUGCUUUUGCUGAAGCCGGGAGAGCGAGAGGCGUCGGUGUGCACUGACCCCUCUCGCUCUCCAGGCUUCAGGGAUAGUCGUGCGCAGCCCCUCCGGCAGGGAGAGGCUGCACGUGGCUAUGGCUUCUUUAGCCCCGCGCAGCCUCUCCCGGCAGGGAGAGGUUGUGUGGGGCUAAAGAGGAAGCCAAAGCAGCCAGCAGGAUGGAUCCCGCUGGCUGCCUUGGCUUGUGACAUAGCUGCGCGCAACCCCUCCAGCAGGGAGAAGCUGCACGGGGCUAUGGCUUCUCCCGGGAUGGAGAGGUUGCAUGGGGCUAAAGAGGAAGCCAAAACAGCGAGCGGGAUCCAUCCCGCUGGCUGCCUUGGGUUGCGCCAUAGCCGCGCGCAACCCCUCCGGCAGGGAGAGGUUGCGCGCAUCCUGUACGCUGCUCUUUGGGGCUGGGGGGGAAAUAAGAUUUUUCCCCUUGAUUCCCCCCCUCUAAAAACUGGGUGCGCCCUAUGGUCCGGUGCGCCCUAUGGAGCGAAAAAUACGGUACUUUAGUGGGAGGGUGCUUUCCUCCCUAAUUUUUGAGGAGCUGGAGAGUUGAAGGAUAGUUAGGCUACAGAGACAGUUUGCUUCCCUGAUUUCAGAAUCCUUAGGAAGGAGUCGUUCAGUUUGGGCCUGAUGUUAUUAAAAACGAUGUUGCUCACUUGAAACACAUAACUACUAUUCUUCUACCAUGUUCAUAUUUUCUUUCCUUGGAAUAAAUGGAUAGGUUUGAACUAUGAGAAUUCCCUCCCCCCCCAUGUCUUCCUAAAGUGGGUGGGUGGGUGUCUAUGAAUCUUUUCCCUAGCAGAAAUAAAGUAUUUUUGCACAGCCCUCUUCUACAAGGAUUGCUUUUUUCCUUAUAACAAUUGUAACCAGAGGUUUUCAGAACACAAGUCUAUCUUCAUGCUGUAUGACGCUGUGUUACUGUGCAAAACAUUUCCUUAGUACAGACGGGACCGGCUGCAUGCGUUUAUAAAUGGCCUCACUUUUCUUACGUGUCCCACAGCCUUGAAGCCAGUGUAUUCAUGUGAAGAAAUUUAUGCAUAAGUAUUUGCAAAAGUAAAGUGUUAGUGGAUCACCCAAGGUCAACAAGAGAAGGACCCAGGAUGGUUCCUGAACACUUAAUGAAGUUUGUCGGCCUUGUUUCAAGGAUAUGUUGUUUAUCUUCGUAGCUCUGGAAAUAUUAUGAAAUUCAAUAGAUACACCCAUCAAUACUAAUAACUACGAGUGCAGUGUGAAAGGCUUACAUGUCUACAUAUGAUAAGCAACAGCACUAUUGCAUCAUUGAGAUAUAAAAGCAAAUAAUUGAAAUAUUUAAUUCUUCCGUUGGUAUAUUUGAUUCACUAAACACAAGAGGGAAAGGGGCUUUUUAUUAUUGCCCAUUUAUUUUGCAUUUCAAUAAUCACACACCAACUUUAUGGCUUUUAAUUGGACUUAUUCCCCAUAUAUAAAAACAGUAGGUAGAUAAACAGUAGGUAGAUAAUCUCCUUAACAAUUUGCAUUUAGUGAAGGCACUCCACUUUACUUUGGAGCCUCUUUCACAAAGGGAAUAUACCUUUAUUCAUAUUAUGCUUAUUGCUUUUCUGCCUUUAAACCUACAUCAAGCGACAAUAGAGCAUUUCAUGAAAACCCACCUGCCACCCAUGGUUGAUUCCCUCUCCCCAGACGACUAAACGUGUCUUGGAGUUAAUGUAUCUGAAACUUAUCAUCACAGAGUCUCUUUAAGCCAGAGAUAGGGAAUCUCUGGCACUCCAGAUGUUGCUAGACUUCAGAUCCCAUCACUCCUUGCUGUUGGCCAUGCUGGCUGGGGCUGAUGGGAGUUGUAGGCACACAGGUGCUGUUGGACCACAGGUUCUCUAUCAAUGCGUUGAAGCAAGGUUUUGAUAUGGACAGUCUCCAGUUGAGGAAAACUGAUGCCCUCCCCCCUUCUUCUCUUUCUUAGAAUGGCGGCUUGGGACACAUGAAUAUCCCACUUCUGUCAGACUUAACGAAACAGAUCUCUCGAGAUUAUGGUGUGCUUUUGGAAGGGCCUGGUCUUGCAUUAAGGUGAGAGAGAUUUAUCUAUUAGCUACCUUUAGUGUUUCUGUAAUUGGACUGCACUAAGGCUGAAGCUUCCUUUUUAGUGCCAGGAGUUGCCUAAAUGUGCUUAAGCUCAGAGGAGCAGUGGAUGGUCUGCUAGCUAUAAACCCCACAUACUUUAAAGAUAAACUAUGCUGGCUAAGCAUACUUUUAGCAGACUUUCCAUAAUGCAUCUAGCCUGAUCUCCUACCUGACAUGGUAGAGCCUUGUGUGCACAGGAAAUGGGUUGUGUCCAAAAUAGCACUAAGUGAGUCAUUCCAUUAGGAGAAUGAUUUCCGCAUGAGCAGUGGGACUUCCUCCUCCUCCAUGUGCCCCCUAAGACUGUUCUGGGGGAUUCCCAAACCCUCCAGAGAAGAUUUGGGUAUGUUGCAGAGUAUGCAUGGGGCCAAGGGGAAGGGGAGAAGUCCUGUUGUACAAGUAGAACUUGCUCUGCUCACACAUUUAUUUGUGUCAAUACCACCCGCUUUUAAUAGGGAGUAUUCAAACAUCCCUCUUUCUUUGCUGGUAGAGACCAAUCAAAGCAAGUCUGUUAAUCAUGUGUUUCAGCUCUGUGAGUGCUAGAAAGAGAGAGUCAGAGAGUCCACUUUUAAAAUGUUUUGGCGGAAUCCUUGCUAGAGGUUGUGCAAGGCUUGGUUUGUAUUUGGUAUCAGAGACAAGAUACAUUCUUGGUAUAAUGCAUGCAUGGUGAGAGUUGAAACCCAGAAAAAUCCCUCUACUAAUAUCAGUCAGUUGAAGGCCUUUUUCAGAUAUCUGCUUUCUACUGUGCCUUGUGUUGCCAAAGUGUACAGCAGAGCUUUCCAAACUUCUCAUGUUGCUGACACACUUUUUGGACAUGCAUCAUUUUGCAACACAGUAAUUCAGUUUUAUUAGCAAACUGGAGCUUAAACUAACCCCUUUCCAGCCCCAGAGGGAGCACGAGGAGCGUUCGUGCGACACACCUACCCACUGCAGCCGACACACUAAUGUGUCGUGACACACAAUUUGGAAAGCUCUGGUGUAUAGGUUGGCAUCUGUUGCUGAGCUGUAAAAUACUUUAAAGUGCAACCAACACCAUGAAAUACAGGAACACUAGAAUCCCUCAAAUAUAUUUAAGUUCUACAAAACUAUGAAAUACUAAGUUCCAUAACCAUUAUAGCUGCUCACCAAUGCGAUGGGGAAUACCUGUGUGUGCAGCCAGUAUGCAUUUCAAACUGAAAAACAACUACAGCAAGUGCCCUUUGGAGUGCUAAACUAUAAAUUCUGCUUUAUUUCUUCGAAGGGGUCUUUUUUUAAUUGAUCCUAAUGGAAUUAUCAAGCACUUGAGCAUCAAUGACCUCCCUGUUGGUCGAAGCGUAGAGGAAACACUUCGCUUGGUGAAGGCGUUCCAGUUUGUAGAAACGCAUGGAGAAGUCUGUCCAGCAGAUUGGACUCCACAUUCCCCCACGGUGCGUUGGCAAACUUAACAUUCACAAACAUUAAUGUAAUUGUUGGCAAGCCUCCGAUCAUCUAUACGGGAGGGGUUCAUAUCUGAGCUUAUUGAAAUUGAAAAGAGAUUAACUGAUUAAUGACUGUUAAUUAAAUUAAUACAUAAAUGUGAUUUGUGGCUAAUCUAGACUCUUCUGAAAUCUUGUUACAAAAUAAUGCAUUUUUCUGUUUGAGUGUUUUAUUAAGGUAAGUUGCUACCCUGUUAACUGGACAGAAUUAGAAAGAAAUGUCUUCUGCUGGUAUAACAAUCUGUCAUGCUACAUUGGUGCAAUGCCUUUUGUAUCAGGCACUUGUGUCAUAGCAGCUUUGGUGUGCUAGCACUCAACUGAGUUAUUUGUUGGGGUGAGGUGUGUUAAAGCACGACGUUGCAUCCUAUGUACACAUAUCAACAGGCUUUCAAAUCAGGGUUUACCCUUGCACUUCCAGAACAUUACAAGAAGGUAUUUAUCUUUUCAAAUAAAUUAUAAGACUCAUCAUCCAGUGAACCCCUGCAAAUUCACAACUGCUAGUGCUUUGAUACACACCAGCCAUUCAGCCUACUUGAUGUGUGAUCAAACACUCCCAUAGAGCCUUUCCAUUUAUUAUCUGUGGCUAGAGAACACACAAAGAACAGUUCUGAGCAACCGGCCCACAUAGAAAAUUGUAAACCAUGCAAGAUGAAAGGAUGUUGACUGGGAAGGCAAAGCUAGCUGACAACUCGUCUUAACAAUCUUUCCACAAAUGCAAGUUCCAUCUGGUAUUAGUGAAACCUAGCUAAGCGUAGUUGCUUGUAUAAGAGCUUAUGUUUUGAAUGUAGGAGUUGAUUCUCCUCCUACCAUAUUCACACUUUCCCCAUAAAAUAUCAUUUAACUUCAGUGUCAUUAAAUAAUGGUGAAUGUUUCUUUUUUUUUAUUUUUGUCUGGAUGUGUGCUUGGUUAGCAUGAAUAAGGAAGACAAGGAUUUAAUAUUUCUUCCAACUGUUCUUUUUAACAUUUUUCGUUAGUGCUAACAGCAUAGAGGGCAUCGUUUAUUUAACUCCUGUUUGGAAUGAAUAUAAUUUGGUACUGAUCUUCUGUUUUAAUGCUUUUGCUUUGCAGAUCAAGCCAAAUCCAGAAGAAUCAAAGGAGUAUUUUGAGAAAGUAAAUAAAUAAGAUCAUGAGUAAUAAUGAGGUAGAAGUAGACUACAUUUCCUCCAAACAAAGCUGACUUCCAGAAAGAGCAACUAUGAUUGUAAUAAAACUUCAAAAUUAUUUUAAUAUCUGUUGUGAUGGAAAAGUUGUUAUAUUUUGCAAGGUUUUUACUAUAGGGAGGAGUGACUUUGUCCCCAAGUGGAUUUAAGCAACAUUCAUGGUAUUUCUUACAUGCAGCAUACUCAGAAGCAAAACAAUGCCUACCUACCCAUAUUAAAUCUGGGAUAUAUCCAUGCUUUUGAAUUGCUUACAAGGUAAACUGCAGGCUUCCCCUUCUUUAAGGAGCUGGUUAGAUUUUUAAAACAAAACAACCCCCACCCCAGUAGGUUCUGCCUUUUCCACCUAAACAGCCCAUGCUUUUCUUUUGGCCAUAGGUGGGAUGUAUUACAGAUGUAUAUUCACAGAUUUAGGAUUAAACUUGUUCUGCAAUGGGGUUUUGUGCACAGAUAAAUGCAAUGCUUAACUCCUGCACCUCUGCAAGGAAAGCCAACACAACAUGUGAAUGGUGAACUGAAAAUUGAAGUAAUUAAACUUUAAGAUUCCUGCAAUAUGGGACACCUAUAGGAUGAAAUAAAGUGAAGGAUUAAUGCUUUUCUUUUACAAAUAAACCCAAGGUGAAGCUGUGAACCAAAAAUCUUUGUUGGUGGUGUUGCUCAACAGACUCAUGCCUUCUAUGAAAUUGUUGAAUAGCUGACGUUGUCUGCUGCCACUUUCACAUGUAUUUCAUGGUAUGUUUGUAAUUAUGGAGUCAAUCCAUUAAUGGGUCUGCGAAUUACUACAGCUUGUUUCUAGAAUGAUCUUGAACAUCUGUAUCAAAAUAUGCAGCUAUGAAUUAAAGACACUUCCGAAAAACAGAA